AUGGUGAGUGGAAAUGGAUUGAAGUUUCUCUACUAUGCUGAAUACUUCCAGUUUAUUCAGUUUGUCACAAUAUCGUUCCAGAUAGAUCUAGAUCCCAAAGUAUUUAUCACAGAAUUGUACUUGGCUACAAAAACGACACUUGAAAUUCAUUUGUCCAGCUCCAAAGUUUACAAAAUACCUUUACCUCACCAAGUUGACUAUGUCGCACCAGACAAAGUUCCCUUGGACUUGUUAAUUUAUGAUACCAAAAAUGAUUGCUUUACUGUGAAAUUGAGGUCAAACAAAAAUUUUCAGAAGAAGUCAAUGGGCAAUCCGUUACUUGAACUUUCUAAAAUACAAGUUCAAAAUGCCAAAAAUUUUAAAAAAUUUAAAAUUUUUUGUUUAAACUGUGACUCAAUUAUAAUUGACAGUGAAGAUAUUGAUAAAGUACUUGAUAAACCAAAAGAGUUGUGGUAUGAAUUGUUAGAUUUUUGGUACUGUCAUAGACCUGAUAUAAGUUCAAACCUAAACCCAAAAUUGAAUCAAUCAGUUUUGAAACCUCCCAAAGAUUCACUUUUAAUCGGUUCCUACUAUUUUCAAUUGAACAAAUCGGAUUUUGGGAAAUCAAUUUUAUCAGACAGCAAUAUUGGUAAGAUUGAUAAUGGUUCUAACAAUUCUGUGCUUUGUUCAAAUUGCAAAACUAAAAUUGGAUUUCAAAAUCCAAAGGAAGACUUGGAUAUGGUGUCGUUAUAUAAGUGGUCUUUAAAAGUUACGCACAUCAAUACAAUCCCUAAUGCUGAUGGAACUUUGAAUAACACCCUGAAUAAAAUCAAGAUUGAUUUAUUUUAUCCUUAUUCUCAUGCUUUUAAUAUCCUACUAGACUCCACUGUUAACCAGUCAACUAGAUGCUUUUGUUUGAGCAGCAAUAAUAAGCAAAUUCUACUUUUUGUAUCUGCCAUUGGCUCAGAAAUCACAUUAACAAAUUAUUCCAAGGAAUGUAUCAGCAAUACUAUAAAGGUUUUUUUCACCGAAGAUAAUAAUAAUAUAGAAAGAAUUUUGUUAAAUAAAGACAAUAAAUUUAAUCAAAAUAUUGAUACAAUUGAUCUACCCCAAACUGUUUUUGCUGACCUCGUCAAAGUUAUUAAGACAACUAAUAGUAUAAUACCUACCAGUUGCAAGUAUUUCAAUGGGAGUCUAUUAGGUUGUAAUGGCUGGAGUUUUGGUUUAAUUCCUUGCAAUCAAAAACUAUUCUGA